UUGAAGAUGGGGAAGUGUUUGAUUUCAGGGGAAUGAGAUUAGAUUGGUUUAGGUUACAGGCAUAUACUAGUGUCUCUAAGGCUUCACUUAGCCUUGCAGAUCACCGAGAACUUGGAAAGAUGAUGAAUACGAUAAUCUUUCAUACAAAAAUGGUAGACUCUUUAGUGGAAAUGUUGGUGGAGACAUCAGAUCUCUCUAUAUUUUGUUUUUAUAGUCGUGCUUUUGAGAAGAUGUUUCAGCAGUGUUUGGAGUUACCCUCUCAGUCAAGAUACUCAAUUGCAUUUCCACUACUUUGCACUCAUUUUAUGAGUUGUACACAUGAACUGUGUCCAGAAGAGCGACAUCAUAUUGGAGAUCGCAGUCUUUCCUUAUGUAAUAUGUUCCUGGAUGAAAUGGCCAAACAAGCUCGAAAUCUCAUCACUGAUAUUUGCACAGAACAGUGUACUCUUAGUGAUCAGUUGCUGCCUAAGCAUUGUGCCAAAACCAUCAGUCAAGCAGUGAAUAAGAAGUCAAAAAAGCAGACUGGUAAAAAAGGGGAACCUGAAAGGGAAAAACCAGGUGUUGAAAGCAUGAGGAAAAACAGGCUGGUGGUAACCAACCUUGAUAAAUUGCACACUGCACUUUCUGAGUUAUGUUUCUCUAUAAAUUAUGUACCAAACAUGGUGGUUUGGGAGCAUACCUUUACACCACGGGAAUAUUUGACUUCUCAUCUGGAAAUCCGCUUUACUAAAUCAAUUGUUGGGAUGACUAUGUAUAAUCAAGCCACACAAGAAAUUGCAAAACCGUCAGAGCUCCUAACAAGUGUAAGAGCAUAUAUGACUGUACUGCAGUCAAUAGAAAACUAUGUGCAGAUUGAUAUUACAAGAGUAUUUAAUAAUGUUCUUCUUCAACAAACACAACAUUUGGACAGUCAUGGAGAACCAACCAUUACAAGUCUGUACACAAAUUGGUAUUUGGAAACUUUGCUAAGACAAGUCAGCAAUGGCCAUAUAGCUUAUUUCCCUGCAAUGAAAGCCUUUGUGAAUUUACCUACAGAAAAUGAAUUAACAUUCAAUGCAGAAGAAUAUUCUGACAUAUCAGAAAUGAGAUCUUUAUCAGAACUACUAGGCCCAUAUGGUAUGAAGUUUCUAAGUGAGAGCCUUAUGUGGCAUAUUUCAUCACAAGUUGCUGAGCUUAAGAAACUUGUGGUGGAGAAUGUUGAUGUGCUAACACAAAUGAGGACCAGUUUUGACAAACCAGACCAGAUGGCUGCACUCUUUAAAAGAUUAUCCUCUGUUGACAGUGUCUUGAAGAGGAUGACAAUAAUCGGCGUAAUUUUAUCGUUCCGGUCAUUGGCACAAGAAGCACUUAGAGAUGUUUUAUCCUACCACAUUCCUUUUCUUGUAAGUUCUAUUGAAGAUUUCAAGGAUCACAUUCCAAGGGAAACUGACAUGAAGGUUGCAAUGAAUGUGUAUGAGUUAUCAUCAGCUGCUGGAUUACCUUGUGAGAUUGAUCCUGCCUUGGUGGUAGCUCUUUCCUCACAAAAAUCAGGGCACUGCAACAACAUACAUUGCUUGGCCAAAGCCAUCAACCAGAUUGCUGCAGCUUUAUUUACAAUUCACAAAGGAAGCAUUGAAGACCGUCUUAAAGAAUUUCUGGCACUUGCAUCCUCCAGUCUACUGAAAAUUGGCCAGGAGACAGAUAAAACCACAACAAGAAACAGAGAAUCUGUUUAUUUACUGCUAGAUAUGAUUGUACAGGAAUCACCAUUCCUGACAAUGGAUCUCUUGGAAUCUUGUUUUCCUUAUGUGUUGCUGAGAAAUGCAUACCAUGCUGUCUACAAACAAAGUGUUACAUCUUCUGCAUAAGAUAUCUUCUUAUACAAGACAAGCACGCAUUUUUGUUGCCUUGGUUUUAUCUGUAAACUGUGGAACUGUUUUAUCUUAAGGCUUGAAACACAGUUUUGUGGAUUAUAAGUUUCUUUCAUACAGUUGUAUUUUCUGAUCAUUGGUUUCUUAAUAUGGUUCUACUAUAAUACACUUGGUUGAUUUAGGUUGUGCAUUCACUGAAUUCACUGAAAUUAUUCCUAUAAUUUUAGCAUAUCAUUUGUUUAAAGAAACAUAUGUUUUGAUAUUUGAUGAUAAAAAACAUUGCUUGUUUAUUUCUGAAAAAGAAUUGUAUUUAGUGAUUAUUUUAGAUAGUGAUAUUAAGCAUUCAUCUGUGUGUAAAUUAUUUCAUAUAGGGAAGAGUUUUGAUCUGUACUUAUGGUUCUUAUUGAAAACAAAAUUGGAUGUGCAUUUCUGUGAUGUUAUGAAUACACUUCUACUUUAUUUUGAAACAUUUGCCAAACUAAAUACUCUAACACUGUAUAACAUUAAAAUGUUAAAGGACUGCUUAGCACUAGAAGCAGAUCAUGUCCUGAAAUUCUAAAACAGCAGUGUACAUUGUUGCUUGUAUAAAGCCUAGUGAUAAUUUUUAGACUAAUUUCCAUGGUGCCCUGUUGACAUUAUCACUACCAUUGUAUCCUGCUGUAUAAUAAACAGUCUUAGACACUUAUCAACUGUUGAUACAAAUGUUAGUCCCUAACCACUUUUUAUAUGUUUAAAAAUUUUGAAAUUUGUGUAUCUGCCAUAGCAUACAAUAAACACUAGAUUGUAUCACAUUUCAAAUUAGUUCUUUAAGAUCUUUGCACAUUUAUUCAACAGUAUGAAAGUUUUACUUUAAACUUAGUUUAAAAUAAACUUUGGCUUAGAACUCUCUUAGAACAUCAUUUGAUACCAGGUCAGCUAUUUCAAGAUUCAUUAAAUGCUUUUGGAAGAUAUUCUACUGGGAGUAAUGAAAUUAGAAAAUAAAAUUAUAUAGCACUGUUUAAAAGUUAAGAACUGAAAAAUAAACUUGUGUGCUAUUGGAUUGCUAAUUGUAACUGCUACCAAAUAGAGUUAUUUAAAAGAAUGGGAAAAAAUCGAGUAUCAUGUAACUACUGAAAAUGUUGAGAACUGCUUUAUCAGUCAGUUGUGAGUGGGAAAUCCGUAAAGGGCCUUUUGCUAGUUGUUGGCAUGGAGGCUGUCAGCUUAUUUAGUUUGAAAACUAACCAGAUGUUUUACUCUUUGAUUGGCAUCAUAAAGACUGUUUCUCAACAGCUUUGUGUCUGUAUAUCAUAAAAAGCUGUUGUUCACAGCUUCUUAUAUAUACACUGGUAGCUUGUAUUGAGAUAAAAGAAAGUUUCUGUGAGCUCAGAUAUAAUGAUUUUAUUCAGAAUUAGACAAUGGAAUGAAAUCAAGAUGCUGGAAGAUCAUCAUCCUGCUAGUUUGUGUAUAGCUUGUCCAGUUUGUAUUUAAAUUAGGGAAUAGUUGGACAUAUUGACAAAUUUUAGUAGUUACAUAUGAUUUUUAAGGGAAAUUUUUUAAUAGAAUAGUUUUAGACUUAAGGUAGUGUCAGUUCACUGUGUAAUCAGACUAAGGUUUAAUGCUUCAAAAUAGGAGGAUCCUAAAGUGGUAAUAACUUUGCAGUGCUAUUCUGAGAGAAGAGUAGGCAUUUGAGUAUGUGCAUUUUGGAAUGUGAGGACAAGCAUAAGGAUGUAAAUAAGCCAUUUUCUACCACUGUUAGAGCAAGAAAAAAAAUCAUUCUUUUGUAACCAUCUGAAGUCUUUCUUGUGUAAAUUUUUUUCUCAUAUGCCCAAACAUGCAUAAUGAGUGGUAUUGUUAGUCUUUACAAAAGGUUUUCCUUCUACCAAAAUACAAGUGGCAGAAGCAAAGGAAACUUGGAAAAAACAGUUAAAGGCAUGUUGACAACUAAUUACUAUUUUUAAUUUCUUGUUUUAACCUUUGUUACUUCUAACCUUAUACAAUGCCAUACUAUUUUUGUUUUCUCUAUAAUAAUAUGGUCAUUCGAUACAUACCUAUAAUCUGGUUAUUUCACUCAGUAGUAGAAAAGGUUUCUGAUAUUCUUUUUAAUGCCUCCAUAUAUGUCAUGACUAAUUUAGCACUUU